GUUUCUCGACUGACAUCAAAGUUCGAUCUAGGUAUUCCAUCAAUCUCGACUAAUGAGGAGGCCUGGAGAAGGAACGACGCUCAAAAGAGUGCAUCAUAACCGACAUCAGCUGAAGCAAGUCAAGGGACUGUUCGUCAAACUCUCAAUUGCAGCCAUUUUACUCAUUUCUUCAGCCCUCUACUUCUUCUACUUCUACACCACUAGUUCAUCAUCAUCAGACUUCCCAUCUGAGGUUGAUGUGAAUAAACUUUGGGAUGCUGCUGAUUCUGGUGGUUGGAGACCAUCAUCUGUUCCAAGAUCUCACUGGCCUCCUCCUCCAAGUACGAGUAAUGGGUAUCUGCGCGUCCGUUGUAAUGGGGGUCUGAAUCAGCAAAGGACAGCGAUCUGUAAUGCGGUUCUUGCUGCACGAAUUAUGAAUGCCACCCUUGUGCUGCCCGAAUUGGAUGCAAAUUCCUAUUGGCACGAUGACAGCGGUUUCCAGGGUAUCUAUGAUGUUCAUCAUUUUAUCAAGUCGCUACAGUAUGAUGUUCGGAUUGUAGAAAGCAUUCCUGAAAUUAAGAAGAAUGGAAAGACAAAGAAGAUAAAAGCUUUUCAGCUUCGACCACCUAGAGAUGCGCCUAUCAGUUGGUAUACAACAGUUGCUUUGGAGAAAAUGAAGGAGCAUGGUGCAAUCUAUCUCACUCCCUUCUCCCAUAGACUGGCAGAAGAGAUCAACAACCCAGAAUACCAACGGUUAAGAUGCAGGGUCAACUAUCAUGCCCUCAUAUUUAAGCCACAUAUCAUGGAAUUAAGUCAUAAAAUAGUUGAUAAACUUCGUUCACAAGGUCAUUUCAUGUCAAUACAUCUUCGGUUUGAAAUGGAUAUGCUUUCUUUUGCAGGGUGCUUCGAUAUAUUUUCACCCGACGAGCAAAAGAUAUUGAAGAAGUAUCGGAAGGAAAACUUUGCUGAGAAGAAACUUAUUUAUAGUGAAAGGAGGGCUAUUGGAAAAUGCCCAUUAACUCCAGAAGAGGUGGGUCUGAUCUUACGCGCAAUGGGGUUUGACAAUUCCACUAGAAUAUACCUUGCAGCUGGUGAAUUAUUUGGUGGCGAGCGAUUCAUGAAGCCUUUCAGGUCCACGUUUCCACUGCUCGAGAAUCACAGCACCGUGGAUUCAUCUGAUGAGCUUAAAGAUCACACUCAGGGGUUACUGGGUUCUGCUGUUGAUUACAUGGUGUGUCUUCUAUCAGACAUUUUUAUGCCAACAUAUGACGGGCCGAGCAACUUUGCCAAUAACCUUCUGGGCCAUCGGCUCUACCAUGGUUUUCGCACAGCAAUUCGACCCGACAGGAAAGGCCUUGCUCCUAUCUUCAUCGACAGGGAAAAAGGCCGUACUGCUGGUUUUGAAGAGGCUGUUAGGCGUGUGAUGCUGCAAACGAACUUUGGUGGCCCUCACAAGCGAAUCUCACCCGAGUCUUUUUAUACAAAUUCUUGGUCCGAGUGCUUCUGUCAAACAUCAGCAUUGAAUCCUGCUGAUAGAUGUCCACCUGAUAAUAUAACAGAAAUGCUACAAAAUCGAAUGAAACACGAAGUGACCAGUAACUUGAAUGGCAAUGAACAGGAUAGUUGACCAAAUAUUACUGGAAAUCAUCAUCAUGGUUCCUCUUCUAGCAAGGUGAUGAGCCCAAAACUACUUGCAAAGGGAUCUUGUUACAAUCUACUUCAGCUUUGAGGUUGGUUCUUGUUCUUUAGCAUCAGUAUCUGGGAAUCAUGAGGUUUGAGGUCGGUUAUUAUUCUUUAGCAUUAGUAUCUGGGAAAUAUGCAACUACAGGAUCAAUGUCAAGAUGCCUGAAUCCCAAGUAAAAUCUGAAGUUCUUAUUCCGAAAUCCGAUGUUAGACCAGGAGUGAAGUUCCUAUCAAAGCAACAAAACCUUGCUGAACGAUCUACACGGCUAUUUUUGGUAGACGUAUAUUUUACAAAUGGGAUUUGGAUUUGGUUGGAUUCUUAGUACGAAUAGAUAUGUAUUAGAGUAUAAACACAAAUGUUCUUUAGAGUUAUAAACAGUGGUGUUUUUCUCA